GAGCAUGAUGAGAAAGACUAAAGUUAGUGUAAAGACCCUGGUGGCCGUCCUUGGCCUUUGGUGACUUAGGCCUAAGAGUGCUCCAGAAAGCCUGGGGUGCUGCGGCCCAGGCCUGAAGCUCCUUUAUGUGCUAUUUUUCAAAGGGCAGUGAAGCUGAGCCUGCUGCUCCAGCCAGCAUGAACCACAGUUCCAGGAAAGGAAGUAGAAGCCAGCUGGCUCCUUGUCAUGGCCUGUGAGCCACAGAUGGACCCCGGUGGGGCUGCUAGCCCACUGCCCACCUCCUCUCCUGGCUGGGGCGCUCUGCCUGGUGGGAGCCCUCCUGGGUGGGGGCAAGAGCUGCACAAUGGCCAGGUCCUCACAGUCCUCCGCAUCGAUAAUACCUGUGCACCUAUCUCCUUUGAUCUGGGAGCCGCAGAAGAGCAGCUUCAGGCCUGGGGCCUUCAGGUCCCUGCUGACCAGUACAGGAGCCUCGCUGAGAGCGCCCUCCUGGAGCCCCAGGUGAGGAGGUACAUCAUCUACAACUCCAGGCCUGUGCGGCUGGCCUUUGCUGUGGUGUUCUAUGUGGUGGUGUGGGCCAAUAUCUACUCCACUAGCCAGUUGUUUGCCCUGGGCAGCCACUGGGCAGGUGUGCUGCUUGUAACCCUGGCUGCGGUGAGCCUGACCUUGACUCUCGUGCUCGUCUUUGAGAGGCACCAGAGGAAGGCCAACACUAAUACGGAUCUAAGGCUGGCGGCUGCCAAUGGAGCCCUCCUGAGACAUCGGGUGCUGCUGGGGUUGACAGACACGAUGGAAGGAUGCCAGAGUGUGAUCCAGCUCUGGUUUGUCUACUUUGACCUGGAGAAUUGUGUGCAGUUUUUGUCUGACUGUGUUCAAGAGAUGAAGACUAGCCAAGAGUCCUUGCUGAGAAGCAGAUUGAGCCAGUUAUGUGUUGUCAUGGAGACGGGGGUGAGUCCCCUGGUGGAGGGGCCUGAAGACAUGGAGGAUACUCCUCUCCUGCCCAGCAGCCCUGAUCCUCAGGAGAGACCACUUAUGCAGACCGAGCUCUACCAGCUCAUCCCAGAAGCUGAGCCAGAGGAAAUGGCCUGGCAGCUGCUGGCAGUGUUUGGUGGCUACUAUACCCGGCUUCUGGUGACCUCCCAGCUCCCCCAGGCAGUGGAGACGCGACACAUGGACUCUGCAAGGCUUCCAUGCCCCUGCCAGCUCAUAGAAGCCCACAUACUGGGCACAGGGUGCUGCCCAUUCCUGGCAAGGUGACCCAGGGACAAAGCCAUUCAUUCAUCUUUCUCCAAGACUGAGAAGUGGGGAGACCUCAGGAGCCUGGGACUGCCAGUGGCCAGCCCAGGAGAGGAGAGCAGUGUUGGAGUGCAUUCCUAAGAGUGUCAGUCGUGUCAGCCACAGGGAUGUUGUGCUUACACACAAGUGUAAGUGUCUUGUUGGCAUCACAUGCUGGCUGCAUCACGUGCUGGCUCACCCCUGGCCUCUGGAGCUGGUGGUUGCUGAGCUGGUCCCAGCCCAGCUACUUUCUGGGCCUCUUGGACCUGUAGCAUGGAUGAGGGACCACUCCCAUCCCCCAUUCCCUCCAGAGACCAGGAGAUGUAGAGGACCCCACAGGGCAAAUCUGUGCUCAAAGCCUGGUCUCAGACAAUGCUCCUGUGCCAGGCACUCAUGUCACAUGGGGAUGAAGCUCAGCGACGAUGCUGCCCUUCAUGCGCAGUCUCUGAUCUGAGUUGUACAACUGCCUUUCCAGUGUGAAGAAGAGAAGCAGAGUCUCAGAAUUUCCUCCGUUCUUAGGUUUUUCUGUCCCAUGUUUUAUGAGCAGCAGUGGCACAGGGGCUUGUUGUCUGCUAGACAGCUACAGAACACAGGAAGACAGGAGGCAGAAGGAGACCAAGGGGAGAUAACCAUAACUGAGGAGUUGGAAAGGUGGGUCCUGUGUGACUCAAAGACUGGUUUUGUUGAAGACAUGCAUGCCUGUGGUUAUAGUUUUAGGCUGAGGCUUAGAACAGUGGUCGAGGUUUCUGACACUAACCUUGUCCUGGGAUGAAGUCACUCUUGGAAUUCUGUGAAGAGCUCAGAGACAUCCAUGUGUUCUGUUUCCAAAAGAGUUUGAAGACCUAUUGUUGCACAGGCCCACAUCCAAAAACCCUGGCCUGGCAUCUGAAGGCUUCCUGCUUCCAAGACCCAGCCUUCAUCUGGAAUUUUGCUUCAUCUCACACAAAACGCCAUUAUAAGUGGAAAUUCUUUCCUGAACUGACAUACCUGUUCUGUCUGUUGCUCAGGCUCUCAUUCAUGCUUCAAAGCCCAGCUUUGUAUCCCUCCUUCAGGAAGUUUUCAAUACACUCAGCUCCGCUGUUUUCUGCCUCUUUUAAAUUCUUGAUAUAGCUGCUACCUGUACUGGUGUUUUAGGUUAUUAAUUCUGUUUUCCUGUGUACAUGCUGUUUUUCUAGCUAGAUUGUAAACUCCUCAAGAUCAAAGGCUGCACCUUACACUUUUUGUGCAUGGUCUAAACCUGUGGCUAGGCGCUUUGCCAUCUCUACAACAGCUUUGACAAAUUGUUUCCCAAAUGCAGUUGAAUGAUGGGACCUGGGUCGUGAUGGACUGGGUUCUGGUCUUGAUCUUCCACUUCUAGCUGUGUAACUUGUGACAAGUUUAUUUCUUUGGCUGGUCUUCCAUUUGCCUGUCUACACGAUGGGGGGAUUGGAUGAUUCUUAAGGGCUCUUUCAGGCCAAAGUUGUGAUAAUUUCCAGCUGAUUCUACUGUUUUCCCUUUAUCUGCAUUCAGAAAAACCUCCCAAUCUCUGCCCCAACCGAGGUGGCCAGGGCUUAGAGAGAAGCCUGAUCUAGUUAACAGGAGAUCUGGAUUCUUGUCCCAGAUCUGCUGCUUCCUGGCUUUGUGUGACCUUGACUAAGUCCCUUACUCUUUCUGAGUGUCAGUUUACUCCUUUAUAAAGUGGUCUGCUGAACCUGAAAUGUUAUAAUGUAGGUGACUUGCCACAUAUGAAACAAACCUGACUAUUUCUUUCUCUGUGCCAGGGAAGAGGAGCCCCUGGAAAUUGCCACUGUAAGCAUCUCUAGCCAAGUCUGAGGGCAGCUUUGCUCAAUGAAAUUAUUCACCAAGGCACUCACUGUCUUUCUGACCUGACAAAGGAAUUGUCAAUAUGCAUGUGAUCAAGAGAAGCCUGUGUUUAUCACCCAAUCAUAAAACCCUAUUAAGCUGAAUAGCAGAAUAAAAAAUGUGUUUGUAAAAUAACAGAAUAACAGUUUUUCAAUUUUAAGAUCUACUUACAGAAGCCAGAGGCCUUGGUGUGGUCUUUCUAUUUCUUCCCCUAGAACUUCUGAUGGUCUCACCUGGUGGGUGGGCCACAUGGGAUGAGUACACUGUACAUUUCUCUGUGUCCAUAAAACCCCUAUGAUCUCAUCAUGGGGCUCCCAUCUGUUUCACGAGGUUGCUGUGAGGAUCUGACACCUGAUGCGCCUAGAUCUUAAGGCUCUGUGUCAUUUGGAGGCAGGUGAGGGUGGAUAUGGUGUGACAUUGUAACGUGGAAGUAAAGACCACGCGCAUUGCUUGGAUUCUAUAGUCACAGUUACUCAAAUCCAAGUUCUGCUGCUUGGGAGCAGUGUCCUUUCUGGGUCUCAGUCUUCAUCGGUAGAAUGUGGAGAGGUGAGGAUUGAUACAAAAAAGUGUUCAGUGCUUGCAGCUUUGAGUUAGAAGCUUGAGUAAGAAUUCAAUAUGCUGUUGUUUUUCUUUAAAAAAAUUCUCAUUGUUUUGUACACAGUAGAUACCGAUUUAUAUUUUUGUUAUCUGUGUUAGACUCAGUUACU